AUGGGAUACCGAAGCAAGAGCCAAGUGAGACUCAAAGCUGGCGCGGUUCCUUCAGUGCACACCGCAUCUUCAGCGGGUUCUCCCGCCGGCGGGAGACAUGAUGGUCACGGAUCCGUCAGAGAUGCAGCUCGACGAAAACGUGAACUGUGCACCGUUUUAUCAGAAAAUCCAUGUGAUGAAGGGGGAGAUGCAUCUUCAGCCAGUGCUGCGGUGCUUGUUUCUGACCCAGCGCAAGAGCCUUUCUCUCCACUGGCCCCUCAAUCAUCUGUGCUUCACUGUGGCUCACAGUGUGACCUCAGACCUUCACAUCGUUCAUCAGCUGUCCAGGCACAACCCAAGAUGGUCAGUGUGGGGACUCAGACAGAAAUGUUUAAGAAACCAACAUCAACUCCACUGCCCAGUCCUGUGCACAGUGAUGAUGAAUCCUCUGUUUUCAUGGACGAACCUGGUGAUAUGCCAUGGUUCCCAGAGGGGGAAAUGAGAAGUGAUUCAUCUGAUGAGGAACCACAGCAGGAAUCUCACCCUGACCUCAAUGCUGCUGACAAGUUCAUUGUGUGCCAAAGCCAGCUGAUGUCUCUCUUUACCAUUUGCCCAGCCUGUUCUGGGGAAACCCAAGGCAAUGUUGAGAAGCAGGAGGGAACUUUUGUAAAAAUAAAGCAAGUCUGUGCAGCAUGUGGGUAUCAGCGUUUUUGGCAGAAUCAGCCAAUGCUGCAUCGAAAUAUGCCGGCCUGCAACCUAUUACUGAGUGGGGCCAUCCACUUUUCAGGUUGCAUGGCUACCCAGACCAUCCGCAGCGAUCAUCAGAGAUCUGAAAGAGAUGAGGGGGGACUGAUCCUGUCUGGUGACUGCAGGUCAGAUUCACCUGGCCAUUGUGCAAAAUAUGGCACAUACUCUUUGAUUGAGGACAGGAUCAAUAAGGUUUUAGAUCUUCAACUUGUCCAGAGCUCCGAGGUCCCAAGUAGCACCUGGUGUGAGUUAGAGGGCCUAAAGCGCAGCAUAAACUUUCUGACUCAGCAACAUAUGCAAGUGUCUGCCCUCAUCACAGACAGAAAUCGGCAGGUUGCCAAGUGGGUACGGGAGGAGUUGUGUCCCAAAGGAACAAGCCAUUUCUUUGAUAUUUGGCAUAUUGGCAAAAGCCUAGGGAAAGCAUUGGAUGCUGCUGCAAAGGAGAGGGAGUGUGAAGAUCUGAAGCUGUGGAGGCCAGCUAUUAUUAACCAUCUCUACUGGACUGCAGCUUCCACCCCUAAUGGAGAUGCAGAUGUGAUGGAGGCCAAGUGGAGAAGCAUGGUCAACCAUGUUCAGGACAUCCACGAACAUGGCACUGCUACAUUUCCUUGCUGUGCACAUCCACCUCUGGAGGGUGAAGCAAGGAACAAGGAGUGGCUGGAACCAGGAUCAACUGUAGCAGUUAAACUGGAGAGUGUAGCUACUAGAACAGCGCUGGUAAAGGAUGUUCGGCAGUUGUCCCCACAGCAUCAGACUUUUUCACUGGAGGCAUUUCACUCCCUGAUCCUGCACUUUGCACCGAAGCACACUGGGUUCUCCUUCCUUGGGAUGCACAGCAGACUUCUCUUGGCAGCCCUGCAUUUCAACCACAAUGGCAGCAGAGAGGUAGCUCGAACCAGUGAUGGUGAGGCAUGUUAUGCGGUUCGCUACCCAAGGUUCCGCAAAGGUGGCUGGGUAGUCCGUCCUGUAAAGGAAAAGCCAUCAUAUGCAUAUGCAUCAGCCCUCAUGGAGUCUCUGAGAGAGGAAUACUCUAGGUCACCACAGGCUCUACGAGAACGCAGUGCAGUUUUGUCUUCCUCUACACCUGCUCCCCUUUCCAGAUCCCUCCAGAGGAUCAACAAGGAUGAGGCUGUUGGCGUGUAUCUAUCACAGCAUUCACGAUUUAACACGUUAAUUACACCUUAGUAUGAUACC